CAUAAACAUUAAUUUGACAAAUGCUUGGAUUUUGUCUGCAACGGUUGAAACCAAAAGAAGAAUUCAAUUCCUGCGGAGAAAAAAAAAAUAGCAGCUGCACGUAUUCCUCUGCAACUCUAACAAGAUGAAGUCUGCUGAUAAUCAAGUCAUCCUGGCGAGAAUCUUUGCUGCUUCUUUGGUCGGAUUUGUCACCGUCGCAGCCGUGCAAUAUCGCCGGAAAAGAACUAAGCCCAAGAUUAAAGACAGUCAGAGCAUCAUUCCACGGCUAGACAGAACAGGAUCUGGCCGCGUUGGAAAUCUUGAGAGAUUCUCUCACUACGUUGCUAGGCAAGUGGGAUUUUUAGAUCCAAAUGAAUGCCCACAGCUAUGCAAAUUGGCGGGCGAUUAUUUGAGGAAAAGUGAAGAUUGUGAGAGCAACAUAUUUGAAUAUUUCGGCAAUCAAGCAGAAGCUGAGGCUCAAUCUUUGUAUGUGAAGCUGAUUGAAGAAUUUGAAAGAUGUAUUCUCACUUACUUUGCUUUUCACUGGACUCAAGUUCCUCCAAUCAUUACUCAGUUGAUGAAUGAAAAAUCAGAAAAAAAGCCAAAGCUAAGAGACUUUGUAAGAGCAGCAACAAGGCAACAAAGAUUUGAAAGGGUGACCAGGAACUUACAGGUGACAAGGGUGUUCUCCACCCUGGUUAAUGAGAUGAAAGCCAUCGGCAAAGGCGAAUCAUCAGAUUUAAUGGUGCCAAUGGCCCUUAGUGAGAGGAGUCCGGUGCUGCUUCUUAUGGGCGGUGGCAUGGGAGCCGGCAAGAGCACCGUCAUCAAAGAUAUCCUCAAAGAGUCAUUUUGGGCAGGAUCAGCACCUUUAAUAGUAGAGGCAGAUGCAUUCAAAGAAUCUGAUGUUAUUUAUAGAGCUCUAAAUGCCAUGGGUCAUCACGAUGACAUGCUUCAAACUGCUGAACUUGUGCACCAAUCAUCAACUGAUGCUGCAUCGUCUCUUCUAGUAACUGCAUUGAACGAGGGUCGCGAUGUGAUCAUGGAUGGUACCUUGUCGUGGGAGCCUUUCUUUGAACAGACGAUUGCAAUGGCCCGUAAUGUACAUAACUGUCGGUACCGAAUGGGAGUAGGAUACAGGGCGGCCGAGGACGGAACCGUUAUUGAAAAUUACUGGGAGAAAAUAGACGAAGAGGAGCAUGAAGAUAAUGGAAAAGUAAAUUCAAGAAAACCAUAUAGAGUAGAGCUGGUUGGAGUUGUUUGUGAUGCUUAUCUUGCUGUGAUUAGAGGCAUCAGGAGAGCUAUAAUGACAAAAAGGGCCGUGAGGGUGAAUUCACAGCUGAAGUCACACAAAAGAUUUGCAAAUGCAUUUACAAGUUACUGCCAACUUGUUGAUAAUGCAAGACUCUAUUGCACCAAUUCUGUGAAAGGACCACCAAAAUUGAUAGCAAGGAAAGAUGGAGGCAACAAUCUGCUAAUUGACCCAGAAGAAAUCAAAUGCUUGACUAAUGUGAGCAAUUUAAAUCCAGAUGCUGAGUCAAUUUACGAGCUUCACUCAGACCCGAGCCCAAUACUAGAGUCGGGCUCUAUUUGGCAAAAGAUUGUAUUUACUCCUUCAAGGCCCACCAUUCAAUCAGAGCUUAAGCUCGCCAUUCAAAUGAUUGAAAAUUCAUAUCCUAAGCUUGAAUGAUCCAAAAUGAACCAAAAGACUAUGUUGAUUGUUGUUUUAUUGGAUUUCCACGAACAACAGCAAUUGAUCAUUAUUCUAAAUAUUAUCAGUGACAUUCUUCAA